UGUGUCGGAGAGCCUGCGCUGGGGAACUGUGGGGGAGCCGCUCGCUGCCACUGCGCCCCGCCGGGCCUCGAAGCGCCCUCGAAGCGCGCAGCCCGUGACGCUUCGCCGGAGCACUGCUCUGUAAAUCAUCGUUGCCGCCCGGCCCCUCUCCCACUGGGUGACCCCAGUCAGGCUCUUUUCCCUCUCCAGGCCUCAGUUUCCCCAUUCGUCCAAAGAGGGCCGGUCUCGGUGGAGGUGGAUUUGGGCCAGAGGGCGCAGGGGCUUCGUGGGAAUGCUCGUGGUGGCUGGGGCCCUCAACAAACGAGGGAAAGAAGUGAGGGGCGCUGCGGCGCAGAGGAAGGGACUUUUACGUGGGAUCAGGAGUUCGGCGCGACCCCCAGCGGUGCGCCCCGCCCCGGCGCCAUGCACUGCGAGGUGGCCGAGGCUCAUUCCGACAAGAGGCCGAAGGAGGCUCCCGGCGCGCCCGGCCCCGGCCACGGGCACACUGGCCUCGGCGCACACAUGGCCUUCAGGGUCACCGUCAGCGGCGGCGGUUGCCGGGAGGGGUGUCCGCGGGACCUGAUACCCCGGCCGCCCGCGCCGCCGCCUCGCGCCCACGACCUCCUCCGGCCUCGGAGCCCACGAGACUACGGCCCGCCGAAGGCCGCCGCCGCAGGGAAGGUCAAUGGGAGCUACGGCCGCCGCACCCCGGGCUCAGAGAAGAAGAGCCUCCUGGACAUGGACCUUGGUGAAGGCCCUGUACCUGCCUGCCACCAGGGCCUGUUUCACCCUGCUGGAACCCCACCGCCCCGCAGUCACCCCCAAGCCUGCGAGAGGCUGCUGCAUUUUCCCCACCCUGACAACAGGUCACCCAGACCCCAGGCCACAUAUGUGAAUGGCGGCCUCCCAGGCACACAGCACAUCAAGCAGGAGUCCCUGCCUGACUACCAGGCCAUGGUGGAAGCCCACGCACCCCUGUCUACCCACUGCCGGGCCCCACCAGCCAGCGGCCUGCACGCCAACCUGGACCUCCCAGGCCGAGGCCUCACCAACCCUGCCCCCUCCUGCUACCUUCUAGGCAGCGAACUCGGCCCUGCCCUGGGCCCCCAGCCUGAGAGCCACCUCGCCGAGGGCGGCCAUAAGCGCUGCUGCCUCCUGGGCCUGCCCCCCACCUCCUCUGCCUCCUCCGCACCCUGUGCCGCCUCCGAGGGCCUCAGCGUCACCUCCAUCAUCCGCUCCUCCCAGACAGCGCUGGUCACCUGCGUAAAUGGACUCCGUAGCCCCCCUCUGCCGGGAGACCUGGGAGGCCCUCCCAAGCGGGCCAGGCUCGGCCCUGCAGCCACUGAGAGCCACGAGGGCACCUUGCAGCUUGAAGCCUGCUGGAAGGCAAGCUUCCUGAAGCAGGAGCCUGCGGACGAGUUCUCGGAGCUCUUCGGGCCUCACCAGCAGGGCCUGCCGCCCCCCUACCCCCUGCCUCAGCUGCCACCCGGCCCGGGCCUCGGAGGCCUAGGGCUGGGCCUGGUGGGCAGGGUGGUGGCCGGGCGGCAGGCGUGCCGCUGGGUGGACUGCUGUGCAGCCUAUGAGCAGCAGGAGGAGCUGGUGCGGCACAUCGAGAAGAGCCACAUUGACCAGCGCAAGGGCGAGGACUUCACCUGUUUCUGGGCUGGCUGCGUGCGCCGCUACAAGCCCUUCAACGCCCGCUACAAGCUGCUCAUCCACAUGAGGGUGCACUCAGGCGAGAAGCCCAACAAGUGCAUGUUUGAGGGCUGCAGCAAGGCCUUCUCACGGCUGGAGAACCUCAAGAUCCACCUGAGGAGCCACACGGGUGAGAAACCGUAUCUGUGCCAGCACCCCGGCUGUCAGAAGGCCUUCAGCAACUCCAGCGACCGUGCCAAGCACCAGCGCACCCACCUCGACACGAAGCCGUAUGCCUGUCAGAUCCCCGGCUGCUCCAAGCGCUACACAGACCCCAGCUCCCUGCGCAAGCACGUGAAGGCCCAUUCGGCCAAAGAGCAGCAGGUGCGUAAGAAGCUGCACAUGGGCCCUGACACCGAGGCUGACGUCCUGACCGAGUGUCUGGCCCUGCAGCAGCUCCAUGCGUCCACACAGCUACCUGUGAGCGACGGGAAGGGUGGCCGUGCCCCGGGCCAGGAGUUGCUCCCAGGUGUGUUUCCUGGCUCCAUCACCCCCCACAAUGGGCUGGCAUCAGGCAUCCUGCCCCCCACGCACGAUGUCCCCUCCAGGCACCACCCACUGGAUACCGCUUCCCACCACCAUCUGUCCCCUCUGCCCGCGGCCGAGAGCACCAGGGAAGGGUUGGGGCCAGGCCUCCUCUCACCCAUGGUCAGCCCGCUGAAGGGGCUCGGGCCACCGUCGCUGCCCCCAGCCUCCCAGAGCCUCUCUCCGGGGGGCCCACCCUUCUCCACACUUCCUAACAAGCUGCCCUACCUGCCUUUCCAGAGCCCCCCGCCCGCACCUCUGCCCAGCCCACAAGGGUACCAGGGCAGCUUCCACUCCAUCCAGAAUUGCUUCCCCUACGGCGACUGCUACAGGACGACUGAGCCAGCAGCCAGCGGGGAUGGGCUGGCUGGGGAGGCCCACGGUUUCAACCCCCUGCGACCCAAUGGCUACCACAGCCUCAGUGCACCUUUACCUGCCACAGGCUACGAGGCCCUGGCCGAGGCCCCAUGCCCCGCAGCACUGCCGCCGCAGCCUUCCGAAGAUGUGUCCAGCGGCCCCGAGGACUGUGGCUUCUUCCCCAACGGGGCCUUUGACCACUGCCUGAGUCACAUCCCCUCCAUCUACACGGACACCUGAAGAACGGUCCCACCCCCACUGCCCGCCAUCGCAGACACUGCUUUGCCCACUCGGUUCCCUCCUCUCUGUGCUGGCCUGAGCAGCCAGGCUGCAGCUCUCCACAAGCCCGGGGAUGUGGGGUGCCGUGAGGGCCACCCUGCACCGUCCAGGCAGAGCCGCGGGCCUUCCUGCUACGUGAGUGCUCCUUUGAACCCAAGCCGGGGCGCUCAGAGGGGCUCCCCAGGAUCAGUGACCGCUGGACACCGCCUUGACUGUUUCUUCCGUUUCUUCCCUCUCUGGUUUUGAAAUCACAGACCUCGUGUAUAUAAAGUGUACAGAACUUGUUUUCCA